GGUGCCAUGUGCAUUUCAUUGGCCGGUUGCACAUCGAAUUCUUUCUUUGCGUGGAAGCCACUCAUUCUCUCCCCCACAUAAUUAAAACUCCCCCCAUACAUCUCUCCCCCCCCAUAGAAUUCCCACAUUUUCUUGCCCAAAAACCUCCUCCAAAGAAAUCAAAAGAAGCCAAAAAUCUUGUUCCCCUUGGGGUGGUGGUGGCCAUUCACAACCAUUUCUCAGCCAUGGCACCGCCCAACGACAACCCGUGGGGCGGUGCGGGGGGCUACCGCAAGGCGGCGGAGGAGCGGCCAACGAGGCUCGGUGGGCCAUCCCCGAAGCUUUCGAGGAAAAUGAGCGAGAAAUUCGAGAGAGGGGUGGAGAAGACGAAAGUGGCCGCCAACAAGGUGAAGGAAGGAGCCUCCAUUGGAAUCAAUUGGCUCAAGGUCAAGUACAACAAGCACAAGCUUAUUACAUGUAGGAAAAAAUGAAUAAACGAUUUGAUUAUCAAUUUUCCAUAAAAAAUAAAAUUUGCAUAUUGGAGGAGAAUGUGUAUGUUUAUAUUAUACGCUUCAACUCAAUGUUGUUUAUGUUCACCACAAAUGCAGUUUAUAUUAUACGAUUGUCAUCCACUUAUUCAUUACACAACAUAAAGCGGAUGGGCUUGUCGUUUCAAUAUAGUAACAUAUUAAUAUGGCCACUUUCUAUACACUAGCACAACAAACACAAAUAGUAAAGCCAAGCGCCACACUUUCAUUCAAAGAAAUCGCAAACUCCAAAUUUUACCAUUGGGCAAAUUUAGCAAAGUACGACACGAGUAGAGUUUCCUCCCAAACAAAAUAGGUUGGCGUGAGACGCGUACCUUUGCUGCCUCACCACAGUGACAUAAGAACAAAGAAGAUGGAGAAUGUGCUUCUGAAGCAACCUCGGUACUCUGUGUUGCGUUUACCUGUCAGCAAUUAAAAUGAAAUGGAAAUUAUUUAACAAUUUUCAGACAAAAGAGGAUUCAGAUUGAGACACAAUAAAAAUGGGUAUGAAAAUGUCCACUAAGCAGUACUCUUGUGUGUCUUUUGAUGCUCUUUAACCUUACUGGGCUAUGAAAAUGAAAUUGCUUCACAAGCUCCACACUCUGUAUUGGGAUGUGCUCAUAAAUUAGGUGUUGUUAAUUUAAAAAAAAGUCAGAACACCUUGAAACAAAUGAGAUACAAAUUUGCACUGGUUCAGAGUAGAACACCUUAGACAUAUUCGAAAAGCACAGGUUCAGAAUAUCAACUUUGCAGAAGCUCAACAAAUUUGCAGAAAAAUGAACACAAAAACCAAAGUCAAAAAUAGGGUUCGCACAAAACUUUUCAAUUUUAAACGUCAUUCGAGCUGAGUUUGCAGAAAAUUUGGAAAAAGAGACCCAAAUUCAAACUAGGGUUUAUACCUGGAGGGGAGAUGGCAUGAUUAGCGUCAGGUUGAGGGCGAGGUAGGGAUGGAGUCCUUCGUGAUGCGUAGAGGUUUUCGAUGUGCACAAUGCUGUGCAAAUGAAAGGACAGAGAUGGAGACAGAGGGUUAUAGUAAACAUCGCUUAUUUUGGGAAGAUUUAAUGAAGGGUGUGAUUAUGAGCCUUUGGAUGGUGAAUAAGAUGAGAUGAAUGGUUUGGAUAAAGAGUGGCAACCAAUGACACUAAAGUAGAGUGUCAUUGGAACCCCUUCCGUUGUAAGAUAAGUGUGUGACAAAGAUGUGAUUGCAUUUUGAAAGGUGGAAGUGAAUCCAUGUUGGCAGCAAAAGAAGCUCAGAGAUUUCUGUAAAGCUCAUGGGAUGAUUGUGGUUGGCUAUGGUGUUUUAGGUUCU